UGUUCUAAGCGUCCUCUCAGCAAGCAGCAAACAGGAAACCUCUUCUGCACACCGACUAUGGCGUCCCAGCAAUGGGCACAUUUCCUAUUGAGGUUGGCAGCAGCAGGCGACGGUUAGAGACAUUGGCGAACAUUGCGCACACUUGACGGAACCGAGAGACGAGCGCUGCCACUGCCGCCGUUGUUGUUUUCACAAACAAGCCUGACUCGCAAGAAAAUCGUUAUUACCAGGCAUCGUACGUAUCUGCAAGGGGCGACGAUAUAUUAAGGAGCUGUUUUGUCAGUUUGGAGGCGACUGUUUUCUGAUACCGAUGUUCCUCAACCGGGCACACAAGGACCAUGGAUGGGCAUCAGCCCGCCUGAAAUAACCCCACAAACCCCCAUCUUACUCGGUUGGCUGGACGUGUUUUUCCCCUCCUUCUAAAUCCAAUUGAGGAGAUCAUCUCCACGUCCCCCUGCUCCUCCGCCUGCUGAGGUUUCACACCAUCACGACGGCGUCAUCCCAGGGAGCCAGCUCUGUGGCGGCGAAGAUGACCGCGUCACGGUACCGUCCCACAUGGGAGCUGGCCGUGGACCCCCUCGUCUCAUGUAAACUGUGCCUUGGAGAGUUUCCCGUGGAGCAAAUGACCACCAUCACACAGUGCCAAUGUAUCUUUUGUACACUGUGCCUGAAGCAGUAUGUGGAACUAUUGAUCAAAGAAGGCCUUGAAACUGCAAUUAGCUGUCCAGACUCAGCCUGUCCAAAAAGAGGGCACUUGCAGGAAAAUGAGAUUGAGUGCAUGGUGGCCACGGAAAUGAUGCAGAGAUACAAGAAGCUUCAAUUUGAAAGAGAGGUGCUGUUGGACCCUUGUCGGACGUGGUGCCCGUCCUCGACCUGCCAGGCUGUGUGCCAACUGAAGGAGGCCGAUUCACAGGCACAGCCCCAGUUGGUCCAGUGUGCCGUUUGCACACUUGAAUUCUGUUCGACCUGCAAAGCCAACUGGCACCCUGGUCAGGCCUGCUUGGAGAAGAAUCUUCCCAUUACCGCUUUCCUGCCAGGAGAGAACAGCUCUUUCUAUAAGAAUAAUGAGGACGACGCCCCCAUCAAACGCUGUCCGAAAUGCAAAGUGUACAUCGAACGGGAUGAGGGCUGUGCGCAGAUGAUGUGCAAGAACUGCAAGCACGCCUUCUGCUGGUACUGUCUGGAAUCCCUUGAUGACGACUUCCUCCUGAUCCACUAUGACAAAGGGCCUUGUCGAAACAAACUGGGCCACUCCAGGGCGUCUGUUAUCUGGCACAGAACACAGGUGGUUGGGAUCUUCGCUGGGUUUGGCUUACUCCUGCUGGUCGCCUCCCCCUUCCUCCUCCUGGCCACGCCCAUUGUCCUGUGCUGCAAGUGCAAGUGCAGUAAAGGCGACGACGACCCUUUGCCCACCUAAACGCCACCACCAAGAGCCGAUCAUGUGGAAAGCCGCUCAAGGGAUGGCCCGUGUUCAUUUUGAUCCCCCCAGCCCCAUCUGCCCUUCUUGUCACACUGAUCUUCUUCUCCUCAUACCAGCUUUGAGUGCAUCAUUUUUGGGGGCUGAGCCUGCACGAAGCCCAGGCUGCUUUGCGAUCCAUCCCUCUGCAUGGCAAAUAAGCGAGUUGACAGUGUGGCCCUGAAGAGAGGAGUGCAAGGUCAAAGACCCCACACGGGUCAGACUCGUCAUAAAUUGGUGGUUUGGGGCAGCAAGUCUGCGCCGCUUUAAGUGCUUUUGUUGUCAGUGGAAUAUCACAAACAUUAUGAGAGUGUUUCUCUUGUAUGGACAAUGAACUGCUCUUGUCUUAUUGUACUCAACUCAAGUCCCCCCCCCCAUCCCCCGCUCCUCCCACCACAUCACCCGAUGUAGCUCUACAGGUUCAGACCAGUAGCAUUUGAGGCGCACCACGCAUGUUCGGUGUUCACUCAAUUUGCACACAUCAACAUGAUUUGUUUGUCGUGUUGAUGGUUGAGGUAGAGACUACUUCGCUCAGAUCAGUACAGCGCGUCCCCUUGGAUGAUGUCAUUGUUUUAUAACCUUGCGCUUUUAAUAGAACUGAGUCGUGUCUACUGUACGUACUGUCUUGUACUUUGAACAACCUUUAAGGAACGCGUGUUUAUUAAAGGGGGUCGCCGCUCCUCCGUGCACACGCAUCAUGGUAGAGUGGCCCUCCCCUUUUUUCAAAUUCCGUGCUGACUCACUGAUAAGCCAAUCAGAGGACUUUCUUUUUUUUUAAAUCUGUGUUUCUCUCGAAGAGAUGUCUCUCCUUUAAUACACCAACUCCCCAAGUGGUGGUCUAGCCAAAACAGAAACGGAUAGCCUUAGGAUUGACAAUAGCCAAAAGCAGCCAUUUCCCCCCACGUGUGGUAAAUCCAAAUAUAUAAUCCCAGGGAAAAUGUGUACAAAGACCUUUCAGAGUGUCUGUCAAAAAAUCUGUGUUCUGAUGAUUCUAUGAUGUCAUUCACGUGUCACUCUGUUAAUAGCCAUAAUUGUUCCGGUUGGGGGCGGGGGGAGCAAGAACUUUUUUUCCUUAAAUCUUCACAUCCAUUCAACCAUCACAGCACCCAAUCAGAUCUCCCGCUCAUGGACAUUUAAUAUUCCAAAUUGCAAACUUGCAUAUAUGUUAGUGGUCCGAGUGUUAAUGUUUUGUCUUGUUGGUAGUUUUGACCUCCAGCAACAAGCAGCUACUCCCCUAAGGGGAGCAACAGAACAGCCUGUACAGUUGAUAGAAACGAAUGUUCCAUUUUAGGGCACCUUACUAUAAAGCUGCUCUGCGAUAUCACUUUAUCUAUGCAAGUUUGUACAUUCCUCCUCAUUUUUAAUCGUCAUUGAUUGACCACCAACAACAAGUACAGUACUAUUACACAAGAACGCUGCAGAAUGUCACCAUACGUUUUGAACAUCAUUCAUUCAUUUACUUGGAAUAAAUUUGAAAUACCGUAUUUCCUCCUCUUUUCCCCUUCAGGAGAAAAAAAAAGAAAAGUAAAAAGAUGUGCGGCUAGUUAGUAACGUGACAGGCAGCAUUACCACACCACAAACUGCCUCCAGAGCAGAAAUGCUAUAUGUAAUGGUGGAGUGUAAUAGUUUAACCUUUCACCCUUGACCCAAAGCAAAUUUUCAUGGGUGGGGAAAUACGGUAUGGAUGUUUUGUAUCAGCUUUUCUAUGCUGUAGUUGAAUUUAUCAUACAUCGGUUUCGAUGAGUUUAGUUUGCCACAUUAUUGUAAUCCCAGCAAAGUGACCUGGCCCAUUGGUACGUUGUUGAUUUUAAAGUUUGGUUGAUUGAACAUCCUUUUCACAACAUAGUAUCUUGUGAGCCAACUCUCAAAUAAUCAUCUACAAACUUUCAGGAAUCUGUGCAUGCAAACUUGAGAACCCAUAACUUUGGAUAACGCCCUAUCCAUUUUUUCAAAGGUAAUGCAGAUCAUGCCAAAGUAGCGAAAGUCAAAGGUGAGAUCACCCCUCCCCACCCAUCCACCCAAAAAAAGUUGUAUGUACUUCAUAUUUUUGUGUAAUAUGUUUGAUAUGGAAAAUAUUGAGUACCGUAUUUUCCGCACUAUAAGCCACUUCGGAGUAUAAGGCGCACCUUCAACGAAUGGCCUAUUUUAAAACAGUUUUCAAAUAUCGGGCGCACCACCUUUUCAGGCGCAUAGAAUAGAAGCUACAAUUGUGGCUGCGGUUGUGAUACGCACCCACUAGAUGAGCUACGCUAAAGGCAAUGCAAUACAAUACUGAUUUAUUUAUAUAGAGGUCUCACAACCGCUGUAGCUGUCACAAUGCGCGUUACAGAACAUUUAAAAUACUACGUCCAAGAAAUCAGAAUACUGAUCCAUAUAUAAGGCACAUCGGAUUAUAAGGCGCACUGUCGGCUUUUGAGAAAAUGGAAUGCUUUUAGGUGUGCCUUAUAGUGUGGAAAAUACGGUAAAUGCUAAAACAUUUUGGGUGUUCGAACUACACCCUAAAAAUAAAUAUUCAGAAUGAUGAAAUAUAAAACAUUGACGUCAACUGAGUUAAUAGCAUUUAUUUUGCAAAAAAAUAUGUAAAUAAUAAUAAUGGAAUAGAGAAAUAUUGAAGUGCAGCAAGUUCUCAAGGAGUUGAGUGAGUUAAGCGAUGCUGCUCAGGGCAAAACCCUAUUGCUCUACUGAUUUGGAAUUAUGCAAGAUACAGGAAUUGUGAUCACUUUGCUGGGAUGACAUGCACAUACACUAUUGUCCCGCCUAAAUUUCAUCUCUGGUUUUACAAUUUUUGCGAACAUACUCCGAGAUUCCCACUCUUGCAUUACAAUAAUGCACUAGUGUUAACCAUCAUUCUGGUGGAGUUCAUGUAGCAUCGAGUUCAAAAUGUGUCUACGGUUUCCGUACAUUAACAAGCAAAAAAACAAAACAAAAAAAACAGGUCACAUGUUCUAUAACGGUAGCUAUUUUAAGCUUGAAAGUAGCUCAAACAUCUGCAGCUCCCUUUUUGUCCUCACAGAUGGAUCGUUCGUCGCCUUAAGUUCGUGUAGCACUUUUUACUACAGUGUAUGUAACAUAUUUGGUAAAACAUUUUUCAGCCGUCACGUUGUGGUUCCUGCCCCUGAAAGUGAUUUGAUUCUGGAACUUUGUUUUUUGUUUUUAUUUUCACGACAAUCGUGCCAAGCAGAUUUGCUAUAAAGAAGGGCGAAGUUGUCUACUGUAUGUGCAUUUUGACUCUGUAUUUGUAAUGUAAUACCAAUUUUUACAGGGUGGAAAUAUUCUCAUGCUUCUUUAAUGUGAGCGCUGCACUGUAUUGGGGUUUAGUUGUUCAUAUGGAGGUGUCAUUUGUGUUCUUCUGGUGCCUGGUGUUUUUAAUGGCGAUAGCUUUCUUAAAGAUAAUUUGCUUGUUGGUUGUUGUUUUUUUUCUCUUUUUUUGUAUGUAUCAGGGUUGGUGAAAAAUUAAAAAAUACAUUUUGGAUUAUUCCAAUACAAGAAAUACAUGUCACAUUUCCAAGUUGAGCAGGCAUCAAUGGCGUCAAAUAAAAUCCUGGCCAUUUCCAGAGACAUUGUUUAUUGUUCAUUGCUAAAUUUUCAUACUUUUCUGUUUACUUGCACAAUUACCCAAUUGAAUAUGCAACAAAAACUAAAAAGGGCCGAACUCCCCAGUAACAUUGCAUUUUGCCAAUCAGGAAUUCUAUCACGCAUACUACUGAUUAGACAUCAGCACAGAUAUUAAGGGCUUGCUUCUUAAAUGUUUGAAUGGCGAGCAAAUGUAAUGAGCGUUUUAGGCCCUCACAAUUUAUAUUUGAAUGUCGUGUCAAAGGAUAAAGCUGCAUGAUUUUUUUUUCUCGAACUUUUAAUUAACACAGCAAUGUUUUAGCCUCUAGCGAUCAUGUUUUUCAAGAAAAAAAAACUGCCAUAUUGUGUGCAUUUUUGGGGUGGCCUACAUCCCUCCCCUUAGUUCAGCUCGGCUUGUCUUACAGGUUUUUUUUUUGUUUGUUUGUUUUUUUAAAUACACAAGUGACUCGCAUAAUAGUUGCAUUCUGUGUUUGCAUAGUUUGGUUAGAAAAUGACAAAAUGACAGCUGAUCUGGUUGCUAGCAAAAAUUACAUUUGUAUCAGUUCUGUAAGACUUAGGUUCAGUAUAUCUACAGUUCCACUAACACUGUGAUACCAGAUAUUAAAUGUUGUUUUUUGUGAU